AUGGUGAAGCUCCCGGGGAGCCGGACCCUACAUCCACCCCACACCUAUGAGGAUCCCAACCAGGCCGUGCGGGACUUCGCCAAAGAGAUCGAGGCCUCCAGCAUCCGCAUCGAGCGAGUCAUCGGCGCAGGGGAGUUCGGGGAGGUGUGCAGCGGCCGUCUCAAGCUGCCCAGUAAGAGGGAGAUCUACGUGGCCAUCAAGAGCCUGAAGGCGGGCUACUCGGAGAAGCAGAGGCGGGACUUCCUGUCCGAGGCGAGCAUCAUGGGCCAGUUCGACCACCCCAACAUCAUUCGCCUGGAGGGCGUGGUCACCAGAUGCAAGCCGGUAAUGAUCAUCACCGAGUACAUGGAGAACGGAUCCUUGGACACCUUCCUGAAGAAACACGACGGACAGUUCACCGUCAUCCAGCUUGUGGGUAUGAUGCGUGGCAUCGCCUCGGGCAUGAAGUACCUGUCCGACAUGAACUACGUGCACCGUGACCUGGCGGCGCGCAACAUCCUGGUCAACAGCAACCUGGUCUGUAAGGUUUCCGACUUCGGCCUCUCCAGGGUCCUAGAGGAUGAUCCCGAGGCAGCCUACACCACACGGGUAAGGACCCCUCUCUCUCUCUCUCUCCCCCUCUCUCCCUCCCCCCCCCCCUCUCUCUCUCUCCGUGUCUACACUAGAAAUACUUACUCCAUGUAAAAGAUCUGAGCAGAAUUGGGAGUUUUGCCAUAUCAGCAGGAGAGCCAAGCACUGCGUUGCCAUAUUAAGGUGAUUAAGGCAAUUGAUGAAGGCUAUCGGCUGCCGGCGCCCAUGGACUGCCCUAUGGUCCUGCACCAGCUCAUGCUAGACUGCUGGGAGAAGUGCCGUAACGACCGGCCCAAGUUUGGCCAGAUCGUCAACACCCUGGACAAGCUCAUCCGCAACCCCAGCAGCCUGAAGGAGCUGGCCAACAGCUCUGUGUGGGAGGACCCUCCGUCUCCUGAGUUUGCCGUGAGCACGGUGGAGGAGUGGCUGGAGGCCCUGAAGAUGGGGCAGUACAGAGAGAAGUUCACCGGCGCCGGCUACGUCACCCUGGACUCAGUCCUCUACAUCAGCAUCAGUGAGCUGGAGAAGAUGGGCGUGACACUGGUGGGCCACCAGAGAAAGAUCCUGUCCAGCGUCCAGAGUCUACACACGCAAGGGGCCCACGUGCACGUAUAACCCCCUCCUCAUCCUCCUCCUCCUCCUCUUCCUCUCAUCUUCCUCUUCCUCCCUCCAUCGCCAGACAAAGAGAUUCAGAGAGAGAGAGAGAACAAGUGACUGAGAGAGAACCAGAAAGGAAAAAAAAAAACAUAAACCACAUAAACAGCAGCAGCAGUAGAGACAGAGAGCUGAAAACUGAAAACGCUCGCUAAGCCACAUCUUCCAAACUCAGCACCCUCUACCAUCGGCUCCGUCCGUCUUGAAUGUUGGAUGUCUUUCAAGCUCCAGGCACCACGGCUUCAGCGCCCG